UAAAAAGAAUUUCAGUCUAAAUAAAAUUUUGUGUGUUGCAAUCAGACGAAUAAACGCACACAUCCCCACAAACAUAAAAUUUUCAUCAAUCUUUCCUUCCCUCCCUCCUAUUUUUUUCUUUUUCACAAAAAUUGAAUUAUUUUUCAAUCAAAACAUUCCUUCAUUCUUUGCAUAUUUAUUAUUUUCUCUCUUUUUUAUUGCGCGACUUUUUUUAAUAAAUAAAAAAUAGGAGAAUCCCGCAUUAUUUUUAUUGUGUUCAGCGCAAAAAUUAUUUUUUUUUUUAAAUUUAAUUCGCAAUAUAUUAAUUAUUGUGUACUCUUCUAUUUUUUGUUUAUUAAAAUUCUCGCAUUUUUAUUUUAAGAAAAUAAUUAUAUUUUUUAAAGGAACCCCCUUUAUUGAAUAUUAUAAACAAAAUAGAUCCCUAUUGUCGUCGAUUUAAUGAAAAUCUUCGGAUACUGAAACCAACCCUAAAAAUCCUUGGUUUUUUAGUUUCGGAUCGGAUCGAUUCCGAAACAACAAUUUUAUCAAUUCUCUAAAAUUCAAAGUCAUGGUAAAAAUUAAAAUUUCAGUUAAUAUAUGAUUUAAACUAGGGUAGCACCCCGUCCCCCGAAACCCCGACCCGACGAAUUUUUAGGCAAAAACCCCGACCCGAGCCCCGAAGGCUCUAUUCCGACAAACCCAGAAAUCCGACACUCCUACCCCCGAAGGCUUGGUAUGCUACCCUAAUUUAAACUUUGAAUGUUCCAAAUUUUCUGUUUAAUUCUAUGUACAUAUUUAUUUCAAUACUUUUUGAUCCAUCUUUAUUCUUCAAAUCUUUAUUUUAAAUUUUGCAUUUUUUCCUUUUGCUUGUAUGUAUUUUUAUUAAAUUUUAAACAUUAAAAAAAUUUUUUUUGUCAGCUUUCCAAAAAUUGUCCAGAAAAAAAGAGAGAAAAAAGAGUUAAUACAUAACACAACAAAUAUUUUUAUUUAAUCUGAUUACAUAUUCCUAUAAAAACUUUUUUCAACCCUAAAAACAACACAAUUUUUACAUAUUUUUCUCUAAUUUCUAAUUUCUCUCUUAACAUUUACACACUAUUUUCUUUUCUCUGACUUCAACAAAUUUACAUCAAAAAUUAGUUUUCUCCUCUUUUAAAUGAUCAAAAAUGAGAAGAGAAGAUAUUUUGGAAGAUUUUAGAGAAAAAAUAUUUAAAAUACAAAAUUGGUUACAAAUAAGAAUUAGAGCAUUAUGGAUAUUCUUUAAAUGGAUAUUCCACGCUUUUUGUUGUUGUGGUAUUUGUUUGGAAAGGGAAGAACAAGAAGGAGAAGGGAAUGAUUUAGAGAAGGGAAUGAGGAAUAAAAAUCCUUUUGGACCGGGUAAUUCAAUUAAUUGUUUUUUUUGAAAAAGAAUUAAAAAUACAGCCCAAGCUAAAGCC